AUGGUGCAGAUGGGAGAAAAUGCGGCUGACAGAGUCUAUAGAAAGGCCGAAAGUCGUGAACCGUCUAUCAAAACAGCAACGCAACUAAAGGAGGCUCUUAUUCCCCGUUUGAUUACCCUCGUUUGGACCCAGAUUGUCUGUCGAUUUGGGGUUGUCAGAAAGAUUCUCCCUAUCGGCGUUGUUCACAUGUGGGGACACCAUGACACCAUCACAUGGCGUCUGGUGAUGACAUCUGGCUCCAUUGUUCUCGCACCAAGACAGCACAUUCGUAUUCUGAGGUGA